CAAGCUUAAAUCAUAAAUCUGUGAGAAAGAUACAGUUUGUUUAUAAAAUGGCUUCUGAAGACUUUUAUAGUUACACAGUGCCAGGCUCAAAUGAGAAGCACAGGAGGGCUCGUAACUGGACGGAUUCGGAGAUGAAAGCUCUUGUGUAUAUUUGGGAAGAGUAUGUGACAGAGCUAAAGAAGGCAAAACGCAAUGCUAAAAUCUACGAGACAAUGGCUAAGCAACUUUACGACUUAACUGGGGAGCAUCGACACAGAGAGGAGAUCAAGAUGAAAAUUACUAACAUGACUUUCCAAUUCAGGCAACUGAAGUACACAGCAAAUGGUGGGAAUGGUGUACCUGACUGGCCAUACUACAAGUCUAUUGAGAGGAUCUUGUCAAAGAUACCAGAGCAUACCCAAAUGAGUCCACCGAAUCUCCCAACGUCUGGCCCCUCAACCUCCCAACUCGAAUCUUCUGCACCCCAAUCAGCUCCACCAAGUGGAUUUCUACCUGAGUAUACUGGUUCCUCAGAAGAUAGAGACAUCAACGAUGAGGACGAAGGUCUAACUGAGAACUCUGAAAGUUCUUUUGAGACCAGGUCACAGCCACGCAAGAAGCGACGACUGUCACAUGUUUCACUGCGACGAAAGAAGCUGCGUGUCCUUGAUGCAAUGCUGCAGGAACAACGCAGGAUAAGCCGUGCCGUAGAAGAGGCAUGUCAUGAAGUUCGCCGUGUUAUGCAUCAGCAAAACUUCCUGCAGGUGCAGAGCCUCCAGCUUCAGGAGCGAAUGAUGAACCUUCUGGAGAAGAUGAUCCCAGCUGUUCCUCAGCCUGCCCAUUCUUGGCCCAAUCCUCCAGCCUCAAAGGGUUUAGGAACACCUACAGAUGAGUGA